GGGUUAUCAGUGUUGGUUCCAUCAGAAAAAAAAAGAAAGAACAAAGAGAAAUGGGAUUUUUUAAAAAAAUUGAAAACGCAGUGGAAAAAGAAAUUUAAGUAAAACAAAUUGCGAAUUGGUGAAUCUGCUGUUCCCAAAUGAAGUAUUCAUUCUUCUGGCUUUCCUGGGCAGGGACGCCAGAUCAUCAUCAGCGGGUGGCGUCGUCGAGCUUCCUGCCCCGAACCGCAAUGACAACUCGUUUCUCCUGAGCCAGAAGAAAACGAGCAGGAAGAGGACCGAUCGCAUCCUCCACAACUGGAAUACCAUCCAGGAGCUGCUGGCCCAUUGCUCGCGCUCACCUGACGGCAAGAAAGUCUUCAACCCGCUCGUCUCUCUUACCACAGUAUGAAGAGGGGAGAGAGCGCUCACGAAGUUCGGACAGCUGCAGUAUCAGUGGACCGGCAAAGCGCUACCGUGACUCUCGCUGUGACGUUGCUACAUCACCAUUAGGGAUCGAGGCAGUGUGUGUGCGCGCGUGUGUGUGUGCCUUCAUGAUUGCAUGUGCGUCAAUGGGACAUUGAGACAUGUGUGUGUCGAUGGCCCUCCCCUUCCUCGUCCUCCUCCCUUUGACCUUCCUCUCGCCGUCCGCGCCUCGAUUGGCUCAGGGAGCGCUCGUCAUCCCGCAAGGCUUGUAUUUUCCUGGUGGGUCAACACUCGCGGCGAGGCUCACAAAUGCCGAGGUGUGAAACCAUGUGCCAUAUUUGUCAGUUUCACAGCCCCCUGUGCUCACGAUGCCCUCAGAGGUGAAGACGUCAUACACGGCUUUUUCUCGCGAUGACAUCGAUCUGCCGUGCGAGGCCUCGGGCAACCCGCCGCCCACGUUCCGCUGGGUGAAGGACGGCCGGACGUUCGAGUCAGAACGGACGGAAAGUGGAACCCUGGAGGUCAAUGAGGACGAAGAAUUGGAAUUUUACCAGGGAACGUUCCGAUGCUACGCCUCCAACAUGCUUGGGACCGCCAUGACACAGACGGUGCACAUCAAUGUGGAGGCCCAGCCAGUCGUGCAGAAGCAAAAGAAGUUCCGGCGGCAAGCAUACGUGGGGGAAAGCAUGGUCCUGUCCUGUACACCUCCAUCGAGCUCCAGCCCGCCAGUCAUCCACUGGAUGGACAAGAAGAUGGUGCACAUAAGGCAGAGUGACAGAGUGACGGUCGGCCUCAACGGCAACUUGUACUUCGCUAAUCUGCUCAAGAGUGAUAGCCGACUGGAUUAUAUCUGCAACGCCCAGUACACGGCAGCCAGGACCAUCUUGCCUGACACUGCCAUUGCCCUAAUUGUGCUGCCCAGUAAUGACGUUGUUCACGGAAAGCCACCUCACAUCUUCCACCCAAGUGGUUCACACUCAUCAGUCUUGGCGCUCCGUGGCCAAACUCUUACCUUGGAAUGCAUUCCCAAAGGCCUCCCCACUCCCAAAGUGGAGUGGAAGAAGAAGGACGGAAACCUGGACGAAACCAGCGCUCAUCCGGAAAACUACAACCGCUGGCUCUAUUUCGACAGCAUCAGUCAGAGCGACGACGGCGAGUACGAGUGUCGAGCGUUCAAUACCCACGGCUCCAGUGUGCACUCCUACACUGUCACGGUGGAAGCUGCUCCCUACUGGGUGAAGGAACCCCAGAACUUGCGUUACGCUCCUGGCGAAACCGUGCGAUUGGACUGUCUGGCGGAAGGCAUCCCGACCCCCAACGUGACCUGGAGCAUCAACGGGCAGCCGCUCUCAACAGUGGACAAGGACACUCGCCGCAGCGUGUCGGGCGGGGUGCUGAAGUUGAAGGACGUCCUGCUGAGCGACACGGCGGUGUACCAGUGCGAGGCCGCCAACAAACAUGGCUCCAUCCUCAUCAACGCCUACCUCCACGUCGUCGAGCUACCCCCUCAGAUCCUGUCUGCAGACGGUGUCGUAUACCGAGUCACAGAGGGCGGGACCGUCAAGAUGUCCUGCGAAACCUUCGGCUCACCGCUCCCUCAUGUCAAAUGGGACUGGGAGGACUGGACCCCACUGCUGUCGGACCCUCGUGUCUUCCUGUUGACGAAUGGGACGCUGGAGUUGUCCGACGUGGGCCACAGCGACAGCGGCACUUACACUUGCGUGAUCAAAAACACUAACAUCUCCAUCAAUGCCCACUUAGAAGUAUUCAACAAGACGACGAUUGAGACGGCCCCGCAGAACGUCCGAGCGCUGCGAGGUGGGAGCGCCGUGCUGGAUUGUCAUGUCCGCAAAGACCCCCGAUUGCUUCGCCACCAGAUUAUCUGGAGGAAGGACGGGCAAAAACUGGACGAAUCAUCGCCGGAUGACAAGUACACAGUCUUUGAAAACGGCACAUUGAAGGUGACUGACAUCCAAUCACAAGACAAUGCGGCGUAUUCGUGCGAGGUGAUCACAGAACUGGACCAGGUGACUGCAGGCGGUUCUGUCACAGUCGUGGCUCGUCCGGACCCCCCUCAGGAUGUGAGUCUGACUGAUGUGAAAGACGACACUUUGACUCUGAGCUGGAUCCCGGGUCGCUCGCACAACAGCCCCAUCACAGAGUUCAUAGUGGAGGCCAAGGAGGAGCAGCACUCACGUAGGCACGACGGCGACACCUGGAGGUGGCAGGUGCUGAAGCGGGUGUCCGCCGACUUUAACCACCUGCAGCUCAGCCUCCGGCCUUUCUGCACCUACGCCUUCCGUGUCGUCGCCGUCAACCAGCUUGGCCUCAGCGAUCCCAGCCGGUCCACCGCCCUCCACAGCACGCCUCCGGCAGUACCACACAGCAACCCCACCGGUGUUCGCAGUGAAUCCUCCGACGCGGGAACACUUGCUAUCACAUGGGACGAGAUGCCCAGGCGAUUACAUAAUGGCCAGGACUUCCAGUACAAGGUGUUGUGGAGGAAGGCGGGGGACAAGAGCGACCGCUGGAACCACGACUACACCAAGUCUCCGCCUUUCUUGGUCAAUAAUACCGGAACGUACGAGCCAUUUGAGAUAAAAGUUCAAGCUGUCAACACACUGGGAGAAGGACCUGCUCCAGAGGCCCAGAUUGGACACUCAGGCGAGGAUGUCCCCGAGGAGUCUCCUAGCGGAGUGGAAGUCCACGUUAUGAACAGCACAAUUGCCGUGAGCUGGAAUGAAGCCCAGAAGGUCCGUGGUCGUCUUCUGGGCUACAAGAUCUACAUCAGGAGACUGGGCCCAGAAAACGGACGAGUCCGGCGAUCCCCUGGAGAAUUGCGUCAUCUGCAGGAGGGAAAGGAGCGCGAGGGAAGAUCAGAGCGAGGAAAGGGAGACGACAAGGUGGUUGUGGUCCAAGGCAUGAAGACUGCAACAGAAGUAACGGGUCUGCAGCUCUUCUCUCGCUACACCGUUUGUGUCACUGCCUUUAACAGCAAAGGAGAGAGCCCCGCCUCCCUGCCUGUCAACUUCAGCACCCCGGAAGGAGUGCCUGGCCCACCAUCGUCACUUGUUUUUGAGAGCCCCUCUGAGAACUCUAUGCUUCUCUACUGGAGCCCACCACUUCAGACCAACGGAAUUCUCCUGGGAUACAUGGUGCAGUACCAACGAGAGGUGAAGAGCAGGGACAGUCCAGUGCAGAUAGAGCUCAUCCCUGAUCCCAGUGUGACCCACCUCAUGCUGGACUCUCUGGACCCCCACAGCUACUACACCUUCCAGGUGAUCGCUCGCACCGCUGCUGGGGAUGGACAGCCAAUCACCAGGAGGAAUGCCACCCUUUUUGAUGGAGUUCCUCCAAGAAACAUUACUGUCAUGCCUGAUAAGACAUCGCUCAACCUGAGCUGGGUGCCUGGAGAGCGAGAGAGGAACCAUGGGUUCCAUAUUGAUUUCCUUAAGAAAAGUGCUGGGGGUCAGUGGAAGGUGUCAGAAAUGCUGAACUCCUCGCAGGGUUUCUACUCACUGACGGGUCUUCAGCCAGGAACUGAGUACCACCUUGUUGUCAUGCAUGGGAACUACACUCAGUGGGAAGCUGCAAAAUGGACCUUAGGACCAGGACCAUCGGAGGUGAGCGGUGGCUUCGCCAAUCAGGGCUGGCUGAUCGGGCUCAUUAGUGCCAUUGUCCUGCUUAUCCUGAUCCUUCUUAUCUUGUGUCUGGUCAAGCGGAGAAAGGGUGGCAAAUAUGCAGUCAAAGACAAGGAAGAGAAGGAGGUGGACUCGGAAGCCAAGCCCAUGAAGGACGAAACCUUCGGAGAGUACAGUGACACGGAUGAAAAGCGUACAGAAAGCCAGCCGUCGCUUUGCGGCGACAGCAAGCUGGGCAGCGACGACUCGCUGGCCGAGUACGGCGACAGCGUGGACAUCCAGUUCAACGAGGACGGCUCCUUCAUUGGUCAGUAUAGCGGAAGGGCAACCGCCCCCGCCGGGAACGAGAGCUCCGGCCCUACCUCGCCGGACAACACGGCCCCACCCCCCCCCAUUGCGCCGUCCAUGUCGAGCAUUCUCAACCGACCUAACUAAACGCACCCACCCAUCCGCUGUCUGAAUACAUUCCACAGGUUUAUGCAGAGAUGUUUACAUGGUGGUUUGCCUUUUCUAUGCCACCUUUACACACACACACACACACACGUGCACACACACUUACACAGACGUGCAUACACCCACCCACAUUAGUUUCCCAAUACGUUCCACUUUUGAAAUUAAGCAAGUUGUGGAAUAUUUCAAGAUGGACACACUCCAUUGGUGUUCAUGAAUAAAUAACACAUAUAAAACAAACUAUGACCCCUAAACACUUUACACUGCUCUUGAAAAAAAAUAAAUACCAUGCGGAUUGUUUUCAUUUCAAAAAGAUGUUCAACAGAGCAAAAAAAAAAACCUGCAACAAAUUUUUAACAUUUUUAAAAUUUUUUCUUCCAAAUCAGGCUAGAGAUAUCCUCUCCCUAACAUAUAAAGAACUUAGUUUCUCAGUCAAGAUGAUUUCUUAACACCAGUUGUUACAGGUAUGUUCAUACUUGGCCAAGACUUUGGCAUCAUCCAACAGUAAUUCCAUUAAAAAAAAUAGCUUUUUUCUAAUAUAUAUAUUUAUAAAUAGCUGAUAGGUUCCAAAGACAGAAAACACCAAUACGUGAAUUUGUGAUGAGUGAAGCGCAAAUAGCUGUCUGUUCACUGUCGAUCAAUUCUAAUUUAAGCAAAGCAAACCACUCAAUUUUCUUCUCACAUUCCAAAACUGAUCUAAGGCGCUAGAUUGGCCACGUGUGUGAACGUGAAUAAAUUGUUUGGCAAAAUAUGCUCAGCGACGGACUGUCGAAAAUGCUGCUCGUACGAGUCCCAGUUGGCCCGCGAUCAGAAAAGCGCUUCGGAUAAUAUUGACGGAUGUCUUGUAAAGUUAGAUAUGCCGAUAACCUGUAGAAUUUGGAAUUUGAUCAAAAAUCUGGGGCAUAUGCCUGUAAAAGUUACAGUUUACUUUCUGUUUACUUGGUGCGUUUUCUCUGGCAUUGACUAACUCCAAAAGAAAACGGCUUUUAAAUAUACUUCUAUGACAAUGAAACUGAAAUAUCAGACGCAUGAGGCGAAUCUGGGACGUUUGUCAUUUUCACAUGGCGACAACAUACAUUUGCAGAAAUAUCUCAUUGCUUUAUUUACCCAUUUGACAUUGACAGACAACUUUUUGUACACAAGACGAUAAAAAGUCACUUUUACCUAACCUUUUUUUUUUUCAUCUUAAUAUUAGUGGUGGUGGAAGAUGGUGGCCCUUCCACUACAUUUCUCAUGUACAUGCUACGAGCAUCAAAAAGAUUAUUCAAGAUUUUUUCUUUUCUGCAAAGUUCCAUGUUCCAGACUAAUCCGCCCAUGUAGCAAAAUUCCAAGAUGAUUCCCUUUGAAUUUGCUCGUUGAUUCCCACGGAAAGUUUCCAGCUUGAAAACGUUCCACGAGGUCGCACGACAGCGGCCGGUGUUGGGAGUCUCGUCACCUCCGAGUCACACUUUCCCAAGCACGCAGGUGAUCGUUAUCAAUCGUACCAGAAAUUUUGCCUUACAGGAGCCCCACUGAGCCUCCUCACCUCACCAUCCACACACACACACACACACGCACUCAUACAUCCGAUAGUUGUUACCCAGGACCCAAACAGGAAGGAGUACGACCUGACACGUGGGUCCUGCGUAGCGACGCUCACAAGGAGGCUCAUCCAUUGAUUAUUGUUCUCUGAAUGUAAAUACAACUUAAAGAUUGUCUUUUUCUCAUCAUUGCUUCUUUUCCUCUUUGAUAUUAUGCUCUCUUGUGUCAUAUAAAUCUGCUCUGGUGUCUCUGAAUGCUAAAAUUAUAUUUGCCGCGAAGGCGGUUUGGUCAACUGUGACAGGUUUGAGGUUAGGGUUAGUCGUUAAGGGCAAAGUGUGGACCACAGAAUUUGCUUUUUUUUUUUGUGGAGAAUGUGGCCGCUCGCGUGGAUGUUCAUGUAGCCUUCAAUGUGAAUGCGAUGCCAAGCUUUUCCCUUUUUGUCACUUUUGUAGAUGAGACAAAUUUCAAGAAGUGGUUCUCAACUGCUGUCACCCUGCGCCUGUUUCGUCACCCACUUUUCCGGAAGUUAAGAACAAUACAAAAUGGGUUUUGUUAAAAAAGUAAAAAAAAAAAAACAUCAGCAUGGUGGCUCUGCUGUGAACUGCUGGCCUCAUAGUUCUAAGGUCCAGGAUUCGAUUCUGUGUGGAGUUUGCAUGUUCUCCCCGUGCCUGUGUGAGUUUUCCCCGGGCACUCCAUUUUCCUCCCAUAUCCCAAAAACAUGCAACAUUAAUUGUACACUCUAAAUUGCCCCAAAGUGUGAUUGUGUGCGCGACUGUUGUCUGUCUCAGUGUGCCCUGCGAUUGGCUGGCAACCAGUUCAGGAUGUACCCCGCCUCCUGCCCGAUGAUAGCUGAGAUAGGCUUCAACACUCCCGCGAUAAGCGGCUAAGAAAAUGGACCGGUGGACAAACAAGCGUCUCAUAACACAUGGAGCAUAUUGUAUUUUCAAAACCUGUUUCAAGCAAAACCGCAAAAAGCAUAUUGCUCGUCAUGACAUCCAUCAGCUACAGGCAAAGCUGAACGUUCUUUGUUGAUGUAGUAAACUCGUGGCUAAAGCGAGAAGCAGCUACAUUUCCUGUUGUGUACCCAAAAUGUUCAAUGCGGGAACUUCUUACACCUCAGUACUGUAGCAGAAAAGAACAAAAUAAGCAGACGUGCAAUUUUUGACUAGCUAUCCACGACCCACUUCUGGGUCCCAGCUCAGCAGUUGAGAACCAAUGAUUGAGACCAUAGAUUCACAGCACUUCUUUUCCAUUUUCCACUUUUUGUUGUUGUUGUUGUUGUUAGAGCUUUUAGCCACGCAGCAGAUGGUGACAACGAUAUAUUCGAAACGCCAUUAAAUAUGCCAACAUUUACAACGCAUGCAUUUUGUAGCUUUGUGCAGACCAACUGUCAUUUCUAUGAGCUCCGAAAUGAGACUUCACAACACAGACAACAAAAUCCAAAUUCUGGCAUAAGCAAGUUUGAUAUACAAAUGACUCUAAGAAAUUUGAAAAAGUUUCUUGACGCAACAGCAACCGAUGUUCUAAAUCAAAAACCAAACAUGUCUACAUGUACGCGGCAUGCGUUGCCUUGCAGAAUAAUGCACAGUUCCAAACAGUCCUAAUAUUUUGAUAUCACGAUGAUGUAACAGGUGAUAGGCGUUGUUAAUAUUGGAGACAUUUAGCAAAAAGCUGGACUUUAAACAGGGGCAAUCAAACUUUCAAUAUACACUGUACAGUACACACUUUUAUCAAUGGAACUGGAAACAAUUUGUCAAAACACUUGGUUUAAUACAGGAAAGUAAUGACUUUUAGAAAAAUGCCAUUGAGAAGGAUUAUUGAUACACUGCAAACAUCCUCGUAAACACGCGUUCAAAAAAUACAUCAAUAAAGCUCAAGUCAGUUUUUUUUCCAGCAUUAAAUAAACAUCUAUAAAAGAAUGUCAUUGAUACCAAACUGGAAAUUAAGUGCAUUACUGUUUUCGAUGCGGCAAGCAAUUCUGUGAUAACGUGGUACUAUUCUACCAAGUAAUGACACUGUACUUUUUAAACUGGUCUAAACGAGUGGGUUGACAGCCAUACUUAAAAAAAUAAAUAAAUGAAUGUAUCAACAGUACAGUAUGUGUUCUAGUAGGCGGGGCUCUGACUUUUCAUAUUUUACCAAUCCAAAGCUGAUGGACAUGUCUUCGCUCAUAUACGUCGCUGUUGUACCUCUGCUGUUACACUGUAUGUCUGCCUUCUUUUAUAUGCAUAAUACCGACACAAUAUAUGAACACGGGAAACAAUACAAACUAUGGUAUACAAAAAAAGUGUCCCACAAAUGAAAGAAAUAACAAAUACUAACAUUACAGCAAAUAAGAAACUGGUGGUCUGGUUGCAUGGUGUCACUUUUGAUGCGCAAUGAUGAUGAUGAAGAGGGGCGGGGCUGUACUGCACGACUGAAGAGUGCUAAUGUUGUAGCUGCUUGUUGAAUUGUGCACUGUGCUCAAACUAGCAAACUAACCGCAUUCUGUCAACUAAUAAACAACAAAUUGCGUAACCAUCA